AUGAGUUGUCCUCAGGCUGAGUCAGAGGAGAAGAACUGUCCUCCACCAGAGGAAUUAGAGUGUAAAAUCUGCUACCAACGCUACAAUGCUCAUAACCGCAAACCUAAGAUCCUGGACUGCCUGCACCGGGUCUGCGCCCGCUGUCUCAUUAAGAUCCUGGACAUUACUGAUGGGGCAGGCUUCAUCUCCUGCCCCUUUUGCCGACAUCAAACUGAGAUCACAGAGUAUGAGGUGUCAGCCCUGCCUGACGAUGCUAAUGUAAUGUCCCACUUGGCAAUGCGGGACAAAUCCUGGAGCUCGGACCACAAUGGCGAGGUGGUACUGACUCCUAAGAGUUUCUCCUCCUCCAGCCCGUCUCAUGACUCCUCCAACUGCCUGGUCAUCACUAUAAUGGAAGUGCAGAGGGACUCACAGCACUCCCCAAGCCAAAAUGCCAGCUCUGACAUCUAUGCUGAGCAGAGCCUUGACUCAGUAUCGAUGGGCUCCAAUGGGCCGGCUGAUCAGGAUGCCAUGUCCAAGUUCUGUAAUCAUGUCCCACGCAUUCUGGUCUGGCUGCUGGGUUUCUUAUACUUUGGCUCACUGCCUCUAGGAAUCUACUUGUUGGUGAUCCAGAGAGUGACACUGGGCAUUGUAUGUGUUAGCUUGGUGCCAUCAAGCCUGACAGUUUGCCUGGUCUACGGGUUCUGCCAGUGUCUGUGCCAGGGAAUAUGUGACUGCUCCUCCAGGGGCUGAUAGGAUGCUACCCAAAAACUGGUGGUCCUAGGAUGGGAUAAAGUCAGCUCCAGUAAGCAGGUAUUAGAUGUGUUUUAUGGAUAGAUAGGGGGCCCAAUGGCGAAGAUGAUCCAACAUAGGCUUUAUAAGCCCAGUAAAUGACCUAAAAGGACCUUUAGUGUUGGUCUAGGCUUUUGCCUAGACUGCUGCAACUCUGAAACCAGUUUGGCCAACAGGAACAGGGCCCCUUACAAGCUCUAUUAGUUGGGGCAGCGCCUAUACCUACAUUUCUGUAAUGUAUUUCUGUAACCUUUAUUAGUUCUGUGUUGUGCGAGUAUGACAAACAAAACAUUUGAUGGCGGACCAUUAAUCUUUGACUUAUAUAACAACAGCACUGAUAGAGUCCUGGGCCCUCAUUUAUCAACACUGUGUACCAAAUCAUGCAUGCAAUCAGUUUUAAGUGAAAGGUGGGGUUUACAAUUCCUUUAGGAUGUCUGUAUAUUUUGGUAUAGCUCUAAAUCAUGCAUAAACACAGCACUCUGAGGUGACAAAGGAGCAUACAAAUGAAAUGCCAUACACCAAAUGGCAAGGCUAUUUAUAUAAUGGAUAGAAUGUGCAAUCUGUAAAGAAAAACUCACAGUAUUUCUAUAGUCUAAAUUAAUAUUUAACAUAAUUUAUUAUAUAUGCUAUUGUGGUACUGGUCUUGCCAUCAAGUGAGAAAAGCAUUGGUCCACCUAUGACAUCUAUGGGUUGAAAGAUAUCAGGAUGUUAAACCUAUUAAUAUAAUUCUGUUGCAACAUCUUUAUAUCCUGGUUGAAACACUGCUCUUCUGGGGGAAUGUGAUUGACAAGUCAUGCAUUAGCCUUUGCUACAAUAUUGACAUUCCAGUUUCUGUGUACAGUAUUGUUCAACAAUGCAAGGAACAGAAAAAGAUUGUCCAUUUGGCUGGAUUUUUCCACCAUAAAAAUGCAGUGUUCUAAUUAAGUAUGUCAAGUAAGGUAGAAAAAAAGGACAUUUGCAUGCAAUGCACAUUUCAGCCAGGACAAAUUACCUGUGAAUUGGCCAUAACAAUUUUAUUUGUUACCUAUUUUACUGUCACAGCAGUAGCUUUGGGCAAAUAUGUUGAGGUUAUUAAUAUCGCUUAUUGAAUGUGCCCCUCUUCUUCUCUCCCUCUCUCUCUCUCUGUUUGUAAUACAGACACACACCAUUCAGGUUGUUGUGUUGAAUUGAUUUGGUGCAUGUGAGGCAUAAACCGGACUCAUAUCUCAGGUUUUUUGAUACUCUUGAUGUUUAGCAACAAACUUUAGGUUUCUUGGUGGGUUGAAAGAGGCAAGGCUGCUCUGUUGUAUUUUGUGGUACUGGUUGUAAACAGCUCAUUUAGCUCAAAAGGUACAGUUUAAGGCUAUGGGAGUUCUUUGUUACCUUCAUGGUGCACAUACUGCAGAAAUGUCACAAUAAAUAAUGGUGUUGCUUUAACAAUUAUCAGAUUUUUAAAUGCAAUUUCAAACGCUCUGCACAGUGCAUCACAUGUAUGUAGACAAAAAAAAAUAAAAAAUAAAAUGGAAUUUAUUAUCGAGUCUCCUUCAGCUUUAAGCUUCUCCUGUGAUUUCCAAAAAAAUAGUUUUCCCUAUAGCUCUGUGACCAAAACGUACAUUUAAGUGUGUCAGAAGUUUGUCUUUGGAGACAUCUUGAACUGUUGCAGUGAUACCCAGCACAGAGGGACAUUUCCAGCAGCACUUAAGAGGUUUCUAUAAAUUGUUUUUAGGAGUGUUUCAUUGUGUAGGUGGAACUUUGUGUUCACAUACAUGGUGGGUUUUAUCAAUGGACAUUACUGUUGAGGGUGCUUGUAAUAAUUAUGCACCUUCGACAACUUUCUUGUGCUCAAAAGCAUACUUGUGCAAUUUUACUCUUAGGAGUCAAUUUAGAACCUUUUCUGUACAAUGUUGAUAACUGAGGGCGCUGGGCUGAUAACUGUGAGAUAUAUUCAAUGAUAAACUUCAGGUAAUGAUUUGUUUUUUUUAAUAUUCAUCUUGUGCCAAACCCCUCUCCAAUAAGUCCCGUCCAUUCUCUGGAGUUGGGGUUCUAUAUAUUCCUUUCUUACCUUUCCUUUGCAAACUUCUUCCUCCCACUUUUUCUCUACCUGCCUCUGCCCACUCCUUCUAUGUUUCCCUCUGUCUAUGAUUUACUGACUGCAGCUCUCAGCUUAGUGCCACACUACU